UCUUGCAGUCGCUUCUCGGCUCAGUCUGCGGGCAGCGUUCGUGCGGGUUAGAACUCUGGUUGGCUCCCAAGGUCUUCUGGUCGCGGAGGUUCGUCGUCGUCGCGUUCGGGGGAAAUAAUAGGGUCGUCCGCGUCCGUGAGGUUCGUGUGAGUGUUUUUUGCAGAAGGUGAUUGAUUCCAAAAUAAAACAACAACAAGAGGAUACAACAACGCGCAACAGAGUCACAAAGCCAAGAAGAGAGUCAAGUUUUUAAGGUGGUUUGCGUGUGAUCUCCCGUACCGGCGAUCGUGUGCAUCCACACUCAACAGGUGUGUCCAGUGUUUUUAAGUGUAUUGGUGGUGUUUUGGUUCGUUGAUCCAGUGGUGAAGUGAGAAAGAGUUAAGAUCGGCGAGAACAUGAAGAUCGGAUCAAGGUGGUUCUACGCAGGUGGUGGUGGUGGUACCAACGGUGUGCUGGUGCUGCUGAUGAUGAUGAUGGUUGCAGCGAGUACGGUUGCGUCCAGAACGCCGAUCUCCGUAACGCUGGAGCAGCACAUUAGCGAUGAUCCGGAUUUGUCACAGAUUAUUGCAACAUCAACAACUUCAACAACUUCAGCAACCAUCUCUACAGCAACACCAACAACAAACAUUUCAACACCUACAGCAGCCGCAACAAGCCCACCCCCUCCAGCAACAACAGCAACAACCACAACCCCAUCAACAACAGCAUCAAAAUCUACAGCAACAACUACAAGCCCAGUCCCACCAACAACAGCAACCACAACUUCACCAGCAACACCCACCGGCACAACAGCAACCACAACUUCAUCAACAGCAACAGCCCACCCAAGCUCAGCUAAUACAUAGAAGCGCACAGGUACGAAACUGGAAGUAAACAUCAAAUAACGACACUCGGAAGAAGGCAAACCGGGGGCUCUUUCUUCGUAUAAAUAAGGCACUUCCAGGUAGAUAACCUACAUCCAUUAUUCAAUUUGAAGAAACCCUUAAACGGAGAGCAAGUCAACCUAACUUUAUUUUUCUUCGAGAAUAAACAGCUUCCCGCAUGCAUCUUAAUUAAAUGCAAAAGCAAAGAAGAAGAAAAACAACAGAAAACGUGCCUGUGUUGGCAAAACAGAGUCACACAUACACAAAUACAAUCACACACAAUGACAACGAGAUAAAGACGCACACACAACCACACAUAAAACCUGGAGGAAAAGGAAAAAUUGCACAAGAAAAGGGUGAAUCUUGCACGAAGCCGACGCAACUCAACCGUGAAAACUCCGCUCUCCGUUCGUCGAGAAAAGCAGAAGAUUUUCUUUUCUUUAGUUUCGUUUGGGUGGCUUUUCCAAAGAAAUCCAAUAUAGUUGUAUGUGUCGUUAUAAUACUGUGUCGUUGAAAUUUGUUGGACACUGUAAAAAAAUCUUUCGAUUUUCGCUUUCAAGACAUUUUUAUAACAUUUCUUUUAAACAUGUGAAAUUACAUGAAAUUCACGUAAAUUCACAACUAAACGUUUUACAGUGCAGAGGAUUGCUUGAGCCUCCACACUGCACCGCACUCUUAUUGUGUCACAGAGUUUGUUAUCUUCCACUCGCCGCAGCAUGCAGACAAAUUCUCGAGCAGUGCAGACAAAGCUUAUUCCCAACGUGACAUAGCUGGCGGCUCGGCGGAGCAGGGGGAAAACUUUUGCUUUUCUCCUCCGAUUUGCCAAUUGUGUUGUGGAAAACUAUGCCAAGAGGCAACAAACCAGAGAGAAAGAAAAUAAAAAAGAAAGAUGUGACAGUACUUGUAAAGUAGCACAGCAGGGGCAGCAGCAAGAUGGUAUUGCACAGAAAAGUUAAAUCAAUCUGACAGUAAUAUGCACAGGGAAUGAUGAAGGGAAAAUAUUAACAAAGUUUGCGCAAGUUGAAAUUGAAUGAAAAAUUGAAUUUGGAAUAGAGAUGAAUUGAAUAAUCAUGCGGAAAUAUUUGAAAAGUAUUAAUGUGAAUCUAAAAUACAAAAAUACAAAAAUACAAAAAUACAAAAAUACAAAAAUA